AUGCCUCGUACUUCCUCGAUCGACUCCGCUAUCUCUUCCAUAUCGUCAACAAACGUAUCUGGUCCUACCAAAAGCACCGGAGAAAAAGAGCCUACCAUCACAGAGAUUCGAAAUCUAAUUGCUACUGCUGGCUCAGCAGAGAACCUCGUGCAACACUUGCUGCGAGACAAGGCACAGGCUGCUGCCCAGAAUGCGCAGCUAUGGAAGCUUGUUGAUAAGCAGCGUGCUCUUCUGCUUGGACUAAACAAAGACUUGGAGCGAGCGGCACAUGAUCGCGACCGGUACCGCAAAAGAGCGAAAGAGUUGGCCGCAGCCCAGACAGAAAAGGAGCGACAUGUUUCGGGCAGUCACUCGCCGCCACGUACACCACCAACAGACGAACUGCCGAUUCAAAUGACCGAGUCGCGCGAAGUUCAUCAGGAGCCUGAUCCUGGCUCUAGACAUGCUGGGCAGGACGAGACGUCUCCCGUCGAGGACAACAUGAUGCCCCCUCCGCUCCAUUUCAAUCUCCAGCAACAACAACAGCAACAACGGGCUCGUGCUUCUGAGCAGCCUAAAUUAUCGGCACUAUCGACAACCGAAUUGGCGGCUCCCAGCUUCGCUGUCAUCGCUCCAACGCCCGUAACGUCGAGUCCGUCACAAUCGUUCUCCACUAAGCGACAGAUUGCGCCGAAACCUCUGGACCUGAGAUCAUCAAAAGAAGAUUCCAAGUUGGCACAACUCGCGCUCGUCGAUGCAGCAGCCACUGAAUCGGUCGCUGAUACUCCACCAGAUCAUCAGAGGGGUCGCAGAAAAACACGAGAAGAAGAUGAUCGCGAUCGAGAAAUGACCGCAUUACAACAAGCGAUGCAGCAAGAAGAGGCGCGGAGUCGUUCCAAAAAGACAAGCAAGCAGCCGCAACCGCCCAUGGAGCCUCCCGCUAAGCUUCUGCCAGCAGCAGACAUCACACAGUCCCGCCCCGUGGCUGGCCAAAGCCAACACCAAACGACUGCAUCUGACGCCUCUUCUCAAUACUCGCAGAAAGGUCAGGAAGGGUCGACGCUUUCACCACCAAUGCGAAGCCCAGGCCUUCCAGCAAGCCCCAGGCCUUCAGCGGCUGAAAGGGCGAUCGUAUCACCCGAAUCUCACUCUUCCCUCAACUCGCUCCCCCUUUCGCCCCGCAAUGGCGGCUUUCCAUUGUCACCACGCGCACCCAAACAGCCAAUACCUAUGCCUUCGAAUCUCCAGUCUGCGCAACUAUCUUCGCUUCAUGCGCCGGACGUGACCUUACCCCCUCGGUCAGAAUCGCUCAAUGUAGCAGUCAACGACGGACCCAUGGUCUCGUCAAGCGACAUCCCUACGCCUUAUCGAGGGUUGGUGGUGGCAACGCUACCAGACCUGCUACUUCCGCCAAACGCACUGCCUUCGAUUCAAGUGAAAGUUGCGUCAUCUCGCCUCAAACCCUCAAGGUUCUCGAUGCUGGGGUUGAAGCCGCAGGAAGACACCUCAGUUUUCAGUCUGUCGAUUUUCUCACGCUCCAAUUACAGAGAGCUCUGGCGGAUCGAGAAAAUCCCGGCUGCUCUGCCUCAUCUGGAUCAACAGAUCCGACCGCGUUGUCCAGAAGUCCCACGGCUGCCUGACCGAAAGCUGUUCACAGGCCAUGCACCAGCGACCCUUGACCAUCGGCGCAACGCCAUCGAUCAAUAUUUCGACGAUCUGCUUGACACGCACAUAGAUGAACAGUCGGCACUACUCAUCUGUAAAUUUCUCUCUACAGAUGUCCUAGAACCUCAGUCCGAUGCAGUUGCUAGCAAGAGCCUUGAGAACAUCAAACAGAAGACUCAUGUCGGUCAAAAGAAGACGGGAUAUCUGACCAAGAAAGGCAAAAACUUUGGGGGCUGGAAGUCUCGGUACUUCGUACUCGAAAGCCCCGAGCUGCGAUACUUUGAAGCCCCGGGAGGUGCGCAUCUCGGUACGAUCAAGCUGGCGAAUGCUCGAAUCGGGCGUCAGACUUCAAACGAAGUUGCACUUGCGGACGAAGCGGAGAGUGAGACUCAAUACAGACACGCGUUCCUAAUUCUCGAGCCAAAGCGCAAGGACUCUAGCAGUUAUGUCCGCCAUGUGUUGUGCGCUGAGAACGAUACGGAGCGGGAUGAAUGGGUGACUGCACUGUUACAUCACAUCGAGGAAUCACAAGCUGUUAGGCCACCAACUUCUGGAGGCGACGGGGCUCACCCGAGGACGCUUCUUCGUGGUGCAGACUACGCUGAUGGCCAGGCUGAUGCCGCUGCGAAAAGUAGCAGUCCAACCCUUGGACCUGGAACGAGCGGAAGUGCGUCUCCAACAAGCAGUGCUACGCCGCCACUCGAUCAAGGAACCAAUGAGCCUUACGCGAAGCCUUCCUCUGCUAGUCUAGGGAUCCCAACCAACCCACGUGCAGGCAACAGACAGAGCUCGAGCGGCCAGCCUCAGGGGCAGAAGAUUCGCAACCUUUUCCAGUUCAGAAAGUCAUCCCAUGAAGCAUUGAAUGGCUCAUUGGGUGAUCAACGCAGCCCACAUCCCCCAGCAUCGACCAGGUCAGCCCACCGAGGCUACGUGCGUCCAGUCUUCGGACUCUCCCUUGUUGAAGCGGUGGAGUCGUGUCCUCCCGAGGGCGUUGAUGUGCUACUCCCAGCUGUAGCUUAUCGCUGCAUCCAAUAUCUACGUGGCAAGAAAGCAGCGAACGAGGAAGGUCUAUUCCGUCUGAGCGGUUCCAACAUUGUGAUCCGUACGCUCAAAGAGCGAUUCAACACCGAAGGCGAUGUUGACCUUCUCGAGGACGAAGAAUACUACGACGUCCACGCCGUGGCCUCGUUAUUCAAGUCGUACCUUCGAGAGCUUCCCACGACGCUUCUCACACGAGAACUACAUCUUGAAUUCUUGAAAGUGCUUGAGCUGGAUGAUAAACGGCAGAAGAUUGUGGCAUUCAAUGCUCUAGUGCAUCGACUACCGCGAGUCAAUUUCGUUCUUCUACGAGCCUUAUCCGAAUAUCUUCUCGAGGUCGUCUCGAACCAGGAUCGCAACAAAAUGACCGUGAAGAACGUGGGAAUCGUGUUCUCACCGACUCUGAACAUCCCUGCUCCCGUAUUCUCUAUGUUUCUCACGGAAUUUCACGCCAUCUUUGACCAGCCAGAGCAGGACGAAAUCGCACAGCCGUUUGUGACUAUUCAUGAACCGCAGCAAGAUGACAUCCGCUCCCCUCGUCGGCAGAUGUUCACGGAUCUUCCUACUCCACAAUACAACCAAAACAGCUUUGCGCAGAAUGCUUCGGCUCAUACAACGCGCGGCUACGACCAUGCUCACCACAUUGGCGACAUGGGAAUGCAACCACUGCAGCACUCCUACGAGACGAGAAGUUAUGUCUCAAAUCCCAACGACCACCCUCCUGCUCCACCUCAGCCAAUGUAUCCCCCACCACCACAACCAGGACAACAACAGCAGUACCAGCAGCAGCAACAAGGUGGUUAUCGAGUGGUGGCGCCGGAUAAUGCGGCCAGCAGCAAACAAAAGCGUCGAGAGAGCGCCAUGCUUCUUUUCUAA